AUGGCAAGUUGGAACCAAACAGGUGUGAAGGAAUUCCUUCUGGUAGGGCUAACUGAAAACCCUAAUUUGCAGAUCCCUCUUUUUCUGCUUUUCAUCCUUAUUUAUUUAAUCACUCUGGUAGGUAAUUGGGGAAUGAUCAUCUUGAUCAGGUUAAAUGUCCAACUUCAUACGCCCAUGUACUUCUUUCUUAGCAACCUCUCCUUUUGUGAUAUCUGCUACUCUACUGUCUUUGCUCCUAAAAUGCUGGUCAAUUUCCUAUCAAAGCACAAAUCCAGUACAUUUUCUGGCUGUGUUCUACAGAGUUUCUUUUUUGCAGUAUAUAUAACCACAGAGGGUAUCCUCCUGUCUAUGAUGGCUUAUGAUCGCUAUGUGGCAAUAGCUAAUCCCUUGUUAUAUACAGCCAUUAUGACCCAAAGCAUUUGCAUUCAGAUGGUCCUUGUAUCUUAUUUAGGGGGCCUCAUUAAUUCCCUGACACACACAAUAGGUUUACUCAAACUAGACUUCUGUGGUCCUAAUGUUGUGAAUCACUAUUUCUGUGAUAUCCCUCCCCUUCUGAGGCUUUCUUGCUCUGAUGCCCAUGUGAAUGAAAUGUUGCUUUUGAUCUUUUCUGGGGUCAUCGCAAUGUUCACUUUUAUUAUCAUCAUGGUCUCUUAUAUCCGCAUCAUUAUUGCCAUCCAGAGAAUCCACUCGACUGAGGGGAGGUACAAAGCUUUCUCCACAUGUGCCUCCCACCUGACUGCUGUGACCUUGUUCUAUGGAUCUGUGACCUUUAGUUAUAUCCAGCCAAGUUCUCAAUAUUCCCUGGAACAAGAGAAGGUGUCCGCCGUGUUUUACACAUUGGUGAUUCCCAUGCUAAACCCACUGAUAUACAGUCUGAGGAAUAAAGACGUGAAAGAUGCAGCAAAAAGGUCAAUAAGGUGGAACAGAACACCCAGUUGA